GCUUAGCUCAAGUAUAUUCGUCUACACACUAUUCUCUGCACCAUGGCGUACCCCAUUCAAUGGCUCGAUGCCACGUUCAGUUCGCGCGCGCGAACAGAGGAGCUCCUGCGCCCUGAUGUCGAGUCUGAGCUCAUCACACCGCAUGACUUCCAGCUUGCCGCCGCGUUCCUCCCAGGGUUGCACCGCUACUGGCCUUACGGGUAUGCCAUGCUCGGAAGUGGUGCGGCGGCUGGCUAUGCGCGGUUCUACAGACGGCCCCCUGCCUCUCUCAACCGCACGUCACUCCUCGCCACUGUAGCCGGCUUCCUGGGAGCGGCGUAUGGCCAGUUUCGACGUGCCAAGGCGCACUGGACCUUCACACAACUUCUCGACGAUCCUCUCGCGUUCAGCCAGGCCCUGGAGAACGUAAACCAGCGGACAGGGGGUGUCAGGCCCCUCACCUGGACACUGCAGCGGGCAAAGGACGUGCCCGGGCGGGAAGAUGUGCAUGGAGAUGUGCCUCGCCCAGCUGAAGACGUAUGGGCUUCAGGCGCAGACUCGGCCACUCAACCUGACCCCGCGCCCAGGAGCGCGCAGGUGCCGGCGACAUCGACGUCAGAAACGAUACUGAAGAACCGCUGGGAGGAGAUCCGCGCAGCGAAUGCACGGAAGGCCGGCCAGUCAUCCAGCUGGGAUGCACUGCGCCAGAAUCAUGAGCGCAGUCGCAUGCAGGGUCAGAACGGGACGGCAGGAGCUGAACGUGUGUCUGGAGAGACGGAUCGUGCACGAGAGCAGGCACAGUUCGAUGCACUUUUGGAAGCAGAGAGGCGUGUUGCUAGCCGGUGAGGUGCUAGAACCGGAAUCGAGCUUUGCAAAAUCACAAUGAGUGCAUCAAAGCACUUUGGUGUGUCUAUCCGGACUGUAGCAUAGUAUUGCCGCCGAGGAUGUCGGAGGUGCAUUCCCCGCACCAAGUAGGGACUGCAUACUUACUGCAGAACGGACAGAGAUCAGGCAAAUGCCGUAGAUCCACUUC